CCUCGCCUCCUGCCCACCCCUCCAUCCUCGGCCGGACCUCGGAACCCGCUGCCACCGCCCGACCGAUCCCACCCUGGCCAUGAAGGGUUCCCUGCGUGGAGGAAUGUUCUCCCGGCAUGUCAAACGGCACCCCGGACUCGUUCCCCUCAUUGGCUUCAUCAGUGUGGGCCUGGGCAGUGCAGUCCUGUACCUGCUGCGGCUGGCACUGUACAGCCCAGACGUCAGCUGGGACCGGAAGAAUAAUCCCGAACCCUGGAAUAAGCUGAGCCCCACAGACCAGUAUAAAUUUCUGGCAAUUUCCACUGACUACAAGAACCUCAAGAAGGACCGUCCCAGCUUCUGAGCCACCCCUGGGACGUGAUGGGGUGCAGGGGGAGCCCCCCCAACACCAGAAUCAUCCUCACAUCCCCCCAACUCCACCACAGCCACCAAACCCAGGUCCCACAGCUUCCCCAGCACCCCCAAACCGCGUGCUCGUGUCCCACCCCCCAAUAAACCACAUCCCUGUGGGUGUCCCCACACCCCUCACCCUCA